AUGGAGAAGGAGGAGGCGGCAGGCGCGGUGCCGCCGGCCCGGGAGGGGACCGGGAGCUGUAUUGAUCUCACAGCUGAUGCAACUACUAGUAACACCAGUGGCAACAGUGCAGACUUGAAGAAACAAGAAGAUGACAGCAGUUUCUCACUGAUAACCUGGAACAUUGACGGGCUGGAUCUACGGAAUCUAAAAGAACGAGCUAGAGGAAUCUGUUCUUACCUGGCUUUAUAUAGUCCAGAUGUUGUGUUUUUACAAGAGGUCAUCCCACCACAUCUUGGUCUUCUACAGAUGAGAGCAGGCAGUUACACUAUUAUUCCAGGUAACGUAGAUGGCUAUUUCACUGCCAUAAUGUUGAAGAAAUCAAGAGUGAAGCUACUGAAACACGAAAUAAUACCAUUUCCAACAACCUCCAUGAUGAGGAACCUUUUGGUUGUGCAUGUGAGCAUAUCUGGCAUAGAACUUUGCCUUAUGACCUCUCAUCUGGAGAGCACUAAAAAUCACUCUAAGGAGCGUAUAAAGCAACUGCAAAUAGUGUUAAACAAAAUGCAGGAGGAGUCCGAGUCCACCACGGUUAUAUUUGGAGGGGAUACGAACCUCAGAGACAGUGAGGUGGCUAAACUUGGUAAAUUACCGAGCAGCAUUAUGGAUAUCUGGGAGUUUCUGGGCAAACCCCCACACUGCCGCUACACUUGGGACACCCACUCCAACUCCAACCUGGCUGUAGAGUACAAGUGCAAGAUGAGGUUUGACCGAAUUUACUUCCGGCCCGCAGCGGGUGGGGGCCACGUCAUUCCCCGCAGUAUGGACUUGGUCGGACUGGAAAAACUGGACUGUGGCAGGUUCCCUAGUGAUCACUGGGGUCUUCUGUGUAACUUUGACGUGAUACUAUGA